UUCAAGCAAUUCAGAACGAACCUGGAAUCAGAAAACUGUAAAAAAUCGUAAACAAAAUGGAUAGUUUGUAAACAUUUAUUACCUGUAUUUUAAAUUUAAUUUAGAAAUCAAUACAUUUUGUAUGAAAUCUGCAAUGAUUGUGAAUAGUUAAAAUUAUUCAAAAUGAACUUUAUUUCAUGUAUAAUACUAUUUGUGUUAUUCCUGGGGAUACAUUCUUCUAGAAUUUUGGAAUUGACUGACAAAUUUUCUGAUAUCAGGAGAGAGGGAGGCUAUUGGUUAGUCAAGUUUUAUGCCCCUUGGUGUGGCCACUGUAAGAAGUUGGAACCAGUUUGGUCUCUUGUAGCUCAGUCUCUAUCAAAAUCGAAUGUGAGAGUUAGCCGUAUCGAUUGUAGUCGCUUUCCUUCUGCUGCUUCAGAAUUUGGAAUACGUGGAUACCCUACUAUCAAAUUCAUAACAGCCGAUUCAGAGUACACUUUCCGGGGAGAUAAAACUAAAGAUGAUAUUAUAAAUUUUGCAGUUAGAAUGACAGGUCCACCAAUUGAAAUUGUGAAAAGUCCGGAAACUUAUUUUUAUUCCAUAAAUAAAGAACUGUUGCAGAAUAAUGAAAAUAUAUCAGAGUUACCUUCAGUUUUUGUUUAUAAAGAUGGAUUGUCUCACUUUUAUCCAGUUAACAGGCCAAAUGAAGAAUACAAUUCCGUCACAUACAUAAACGAUCUGAAUUUGUCAUUAUAUAAUUGGGUAAAUGAAGAGCGAUUCGAACUGUUUCCCAAAGUCACCAGAGGAACUAUAAAUGAAAUUAUCCAAACAAACAAAUACAUUGUUCUUGUUGUUGUUGAAGAAAACAGACUGCAGCAAAUACCUGCAGAUAUGUUAGAAUUCAGAGACAAAGUGGAGAAUCUAGUUAGAAAGAACAGAUCAAAAUAUCAUAAACAUUUUCAAUUUGGAUGGGUUGGAAACCCCGACUUUGUCAACAGUAUUGCCAUGCAAGUUCUCCCUCUGCCCCAAUUAUUGGUUCUGAAUUCAACGAAUCAUCAGUACCACCUUCCAGAAGUUAAUUGUUCUGAAAUGAGUUCAGAAACAAUAGAAGUGUUCCUAGAAGGGAUACGCAACCAAUCAGUGCCUGCCUUUGGUGGAGAUGGACUUUUCAUUUCCUUCUACAGGGCCUAUUUUGAUGCAACUUCAGCUUUAGCAGAUAUUUGGAGAGGGAAUCCGGUCCUCACUACAGUAUUAUUCGGUUUGCCAGUCGCCUUCUUGAGUUUCAUCUUUAUUUCUGUUUGUUGCUCUGAUAUAUUGGAUGCUGAAGAUGAAGCUGAAGAAAAUCACGCUAAAGAGGAAUGAAUGCAUAAAUGGAGGGGGUGAAAACUAGUCAUUAUAUUGUUAAGAUUUAUCAAGUUGAAAAUUGUUUACUUACAAAAUAUUAUUAUGAUUAAUGAAAAUAUACAAUUGAAAUUGUGAAAAUGUAAUAAAUUAAAGGUCGUCAUCCGAGUCUAUUGCUGCCCUCCGUCUGUCAAAUUUCACA